AUGUUAGCAGUAAGAAAGAUUUCAUCAGUAUGUUUUAGCAAGAAUUUAAGCCGUGAAUAUCAUAAGUUGUGCAGGCCAUUUGAGUACUGUCACCGAAUAAAUAAGAAUUUGUCGCCUCACAACAAUUUUGAUCGUUUCCAAGCGGCGAUUGAGCCUCAGAUACUGGGUGUUUUGAUAGGACAUCAUAGAAUCUCCACAUCAGCUGAUCGUUCUGCUUACAACAAGCUGCCAUGGAAAGAGAGAGAAAACAAUUUUGAGGAAAGCCAUUUGGUUUUGUUUCCAAGAAGAUACAACAAAUCUCAGAAUUCUAGUAGCCGAAGCGCAAGUGGUCAGUCCUCAGAAGGAGCCAGUGGCCAUGGAAGUGAUGAUGGAGAUGGAGGGGACAAAAAAGACGAUGGAGCUGAUGUGGUGAUUGAAGAUAAGACUGAGACCAAGGUUGACCCUGCUGCAGGGGCCUUGGCACAGGUCCAUGUACCUGAUGUGUUCCCUGAGGUGCCACUUUUACCAAUUCACAGAAAUCCAGUUUUCCCACGAUUUGUUAAGAUGAUGGAGAUCACAGACAAGUCCCUGAUGGAGUUAAUCAGAGUAAAAUCAAGACUUGCACAGCCUUAUGCAGGUGCCUUUCUUAAAAAGGAUGACAGCAACGAGGCAGAAACAGUAACCAGUUUGGAUGACAUCUACCAAGUGGGUGCAUUUGUGCAAAUCACAGAGCUCUAUGACAUGGGAGAUAAAAUAAGAAUGGUUGUACUAGGACACAGAAGGAUUAAAAUCACUGGAAUCUUUGAUUAUCCCUCUCACAAAGAAGAACAGUCUGCUGACACUCCUGUCAUUGCCGAGGCAACUCUUGACUCCAUCCCACAACAAGAGGAUGUUCCCAGAAAACCCAUCCUGAUGGUCUCUGUUGAGAAUGUGCUCCAUGAGCCUUUCAAAGUAACCGAGGAAGUCAAGGCACUGACUGCAGAGGUCAUCAAGACUAUACGUGAUAUUAUAUCAUUGAAUCCUUUAUACAAAGAGUUCUUGGCACAGCUUGUCGAAGGAGGCAAAAGAGUGGCGGACAAUCCUGUCCAUUUGGCUGAUUUUGGUGCUGCACUUACUAGUGCGGAAACUGCACUUCUGCAGGAAGUUUAUGAAGAGACAAGAGUUCCAGUGCGAUUGCGUCUCACUCUUGAACUGCUCAAGAAAGAACUUGCUAUCUGCCUUUUGCAACAACAGCUAGGGAAAGAGGUGGAAGAAAAAGUAAACAAACAACAGAACAAAUACUUGCUCCAAGAACAACUUAAGAUCAUCAAAAGAGAACUUGGCUUAGAAAAGGAAGACAAAGAAGCAGUUGGGGAGAAGUUCAGGAAUAGAAUAAAGGAUCUUAAUGUUCCUAAACAUGCUGAAGAAGUUAUUGAAGAAGAACUGUCUAAACUGGCAUAUCUUGAUGCUCAUUCAUCAGAAUUUAAUGUAACACGGAAUUAUUUGGAUUGGUUGACAAGCAUCCCUUGGGGAAUUCACAGUAAAGAGAACUUCAAUAUUAGUCAGGCACGAGAAGUACUGGAUGAAGAUCAUUAUGGGCUGCAAGAUAUUAAGGACAGAAUACUGGAGUUUAUUGCCGUAAGCCAUUUGAAUGCAACUGUCCAGGGGAAAAUCCUUUGCUUUACAGGCCCACCAGGAGUGGGGAAAACCAGUAUUGCUAGGUCUAUUGCAAGAGCACUCAACAGACAGUAUUUUAGAUUCAGUGUCGGUGGAAUGACAGAUGUGGCUGAGAUCAAAGGACAUAGGCGCACAUACAUUGGUGCAAUGCCGGGAAAAAUUAUACAGUGUCUUAAAAAGACUAGAACAGAAAACCCUUUGAUACUUAUCGAUGAGGUGGAUAAGAUUGGCCGAGGUGUCCAGGGAGAUCCUGCUUCGGCUUUACUUGAACUCCUUGAUCCGGAACAGAAUUCAGGUUUCCUUGAUCAUUAUCUGGAUGUGCCAGUGGAUCUCUCAAAGGUUCUAUUUAUAUGUACAGCUAAUAUUACUGACACAAUUCCUGGUGCCUUAAAGGACAGAAUGGAAAUAAUUAACGUGUCUGGAUAUGUAGAAGAUGAAAAAAAAGCAAUUGCCAAGACGUAUCUCAUUCCCCAAGCACGAAAAAGUGCAGGUAUUACAGAAGAACAAGUAGAUAUUCACGAUCCGUCGCUGGCUCUUCUCAUCAAAGCCUACUGCAGGGAAAGUGGAGUCAGGAACCUUCAAAAACAUAUAGAGAAGAUCUUCCGCAAAGCUGCUUUGAGGAUAGUACAGGGUACUGAGGAAGAAUUGAACGUUACAGAGGAGAAUCUUCACGAAUACGUCGGCAAGCCACUGUUUAACAGUGACCGAUUAUAUGAUGAAACCCCACCAGGGGUAGUCAUGGGUCUAGCCUGGACUUCACUUGGUGGUACUACCCUCUACGUCGAAACUUCGCUGAACGAGUCAUCCUCUGGCGAUGACAGCAGAGGUCAACCUUCUCUUGAAGUAACAGGCCAGCUAGGAGAUGUGAUGAAGGAGAGUUCACGAAUAGCGUACACAUUUGCAAAGCAAUUUUUGUCGAAAGAAGAUCCAAACAGUGAAUUUUUUAGGCAUGCUUCUAUUCAUCUUCAUGUUCCAGAGGGAGCCACCCCUAAAGAUGGGCCAUCCGCUGGCUGCACCAUUAUCACAGCGCUCCUAUCUCUGGCCAAGAACACACCAGUUAGACAGAAUAUUGCCAUGACUGGGGAAGUAUCACUCACUGGAAAGGUUCUUCCGGUCGGAGGAAUAAAAGAGAAAACAAUUGCGGCCCGACGUGCGGAAGUCGACUGUGUCAUUUUACCUGAAGGAAAUCGUAAAGACUUUGCUGAUCUACCAGAGUUUGUCAAAGAAGGACUUGAAGUUCACUUUGUUUCUCAUUACACUGACGUUUAUCGAAUUGCUUUUGAGUCAUGACAUCGGCUCCACUGCGAGCGGAAAAAUCGUUCGGAAGUCUGUAGUGGAAUACCUUGAUUAUUAUUUUAACGAUCAUUGACAUCACUAGAAGUGAUUCUCUCAAGUUCCAUCUACAAACGAAACGGCCAUUUUUGCACUGAAGAAAGCAACAUGUACGUCUGAAUAUCAUGGAAUGCUUAAGCAACUAUACAACACCUUCUUUGUAGAAUGACGUUUUUCUAAGAAUACGAUUGAUUCCAAUACGAAAGAGAGUAACACGAGAAGCGGUUAGACUCCAAAGGUGCUGGGAUUUUUUCGUUAAAAAUAUCAAGCAGCUCGUUACCUCUCGAUAUCUCUAUAAUUGACGCCAAGUGGUUGUCAAAUGUGCAGUGAAGAGUCGUUAUCCUCAACCUCAUGCGUUCAAGAUAUCAGUUCGCCCUUAUCAACUUUGCGAGUUCGCCCUCUGAAGUGAAACAAAUUCACCCCCCCCCCUCCCCCCUC